CGUCGGUUACCGCGCUUUCUGUAAUCUCUACGUGACCGCACAGUGUGCCGUUCGUUUAAGAUCCUCCAGCGAUCGGUGUUUGUUUAAAGGCAAGACGUAGUGCUCGCGGAAAAGAUCGACGAGUCGUCGCUUGUGAGAUUUAGGGAAAAUGCAGUCACACAGCAAGAAACGAGUUUGUUACUACUACGAUAGCGACAUUGGUAACUAUUACUAUGGCCAGGGACACCCGAUGAAGCCACACCGCAUACGUAUGACACACAACUUGCUGCUGAACUAUGGCUUGUACCGAAAGAUGGAAAUCUACCGUCCGCACAAGGCGACUGCCGACGAGAUGACCAAGUUCCACUCCGACGACUACAUUCGCUUCUUGCGGUCAAUCCGCCCAGAUAACAUGUCAGAGUACAACAAGCACAUGCAGCGCUUCAAUGUCGGAGAGGACUGUCCGGUGUUUGAUGGAUUGUACGAAUUUUGCCAACUGUCGGCCGGUGGUUCGGUGGCUGCCGCCGUCAAACUCAACAAGCAGGCCUCGGAGAUCUGUAUCAACUGGGGCGGGGGUCUGCAUCAUGCGAAAAAGUCGGAAGCAUCAGGAUUCUGCUACGUGAACGACAUCGUGCUGGGGAUUCUGGAGCUGCUAAAGUAUCACCAGCGCGUGUUGUACAUCGACAUCGAUGUCCACCAUGGGGACGGCGUGGAGGAAGCGUUCUACACGACCGAUCGUGUGAUGACCGUCAGCUUCCACAAGUACGGCGAGUACUUCCCGGGUACCGGCGAUCUGCGUGACAUUGGUGCGGGGCGUGGAAAGUACUACGCCGUCAACAUUCCGCUACGCGACGGAAUGGACGACGAGUCGUACGAUUCGAUCUUCGUGCCGAUCAUCUCGAAGGUGAUGGAAACGUUCCAACCGUCGGCCGUGGUGCUGCAGUGUGGUGCCGAUUCCCUGACCGGCGAUCGGCUCGGUUGCUUCAAUCUGACCGUGAAGGGCCACGGCAAAUGUGUGGAGUUUGUGAAGAAGUACAAUCUUCCGUUCCUGAUGGUGGGUGGAGGCGGGUACACGAUCCGCAACGUGUCCCGCUGCUGGACGUACGAAACGUCCGUGGCGCUCGGGGUGGAGAUCGCGAACGAGCUGCCGUACAACGAUUACUUCGAGUACUUUGGCCCCGAUUUCAAGCUGCACAUCAGCCCCAGCAACAUGUCGAACCAAAACACGACCGAGUAUCUGGAGAAGAUCAAGAAUCGGCUGUUUGAAAACCUGCGAAUGCUGCCGCAUGCCCCCGGCGUGCAGGUGCAGGCGAUACCAGAGGACGCGAUCAACGAGGAAUCGGAGGACGAGGACAAGGUGGACAAGGACGAGCGCUUGCCUCAGCAGGACAAAGAUAAGCGAAUAGUGCCGGACAACGAAUUCUCGGACUCGGAGGAUGAAGGCGAAGGUGGCCGCAGGGAUAAUCGAUCGUUCAAGGGCAGCGGUCAGCAAGGAGGUCAAUCACGCAAGAGGCCGCGCAUCGAAAAGGAUGUAAAGACGGAUGGCGAUGUGAAGGAAGAGAAGGAAGCGAAAAUGGAUACCAGCGGCGAUAAGGAGGAAACUACCAAAGCAUCGUCCGAGGAUCCGGCCCUCAAGAAAGAAACGACGGCCGUUGCAUGAUCGACGUUAUCGUCGUUUCGAAAACACCAACAGCAUCCUCCGGCCUAACUUUCCGGCUUCGGCCUUCGGCAUCGCAGAGGAUUUGCCAAAGGAGCCGAGCGUCUAGGUGCGGCUGUAACGGAUUUGACGGAUUCAUGACGAACAUAAAUAUUUGAACAAGAGAAGUCGGACAGCGGAGCCGAUCCGGUUGAAUCGAAACACCAUUACACCGAGUAAACAGUGGUUUUAAUUAUUGAAGAAUAUUAGCAUUUAGAACGAUAGGAGCUGACAACAACGGGAUGAUAAGGGUGAAGCAAAGGAAUCUUUUUUCAGUGGAAACAACAAUGAAAUGCGUUUAAUUUGAUUCUGUGUACAAGAAAGUUUCCUGGUUACCGAGCGAUCGUUACCCGUCUUUUCGGUGGGGUGAAAGUAACAAUCGUUUUUUAAGCGGGCAAACGCUACUGAACCGAUCAAUCUUUAACCGGCACUGACGAGAGAGAUGAUGCAGCCGGACAGACGAUGAAGGGACCGUACUCAUAGUUUCCAUUGAUCUCAGGAAUGAUGAUGCUAUUUAGAACGAAACACAAAAGUACACAAUUUUCCUCUGACGCAGUAUCAAACUCUGGCUGGCUUCAUAGUGCAAGCCACCAGUGGCAGGAGCAUCAGCGACAUGUGCUCUUGCGUUGGUACGCGAAUGGACUUGAAAAGGAGCUCCUUAACGUAACAUAACCUCUACAACAUUAUUCAUGUACUUUGUAUUUUUAUUCAAACUUUCCUAAUGGAUAUCGUAUCGUUUAACAUGUACAGGAAAGACAGUGCAAAGUACACCAGGUUGAAGAACCAACAUGAAAUAGCGUAAACAUAUAUACAAAUUUGACGGAAAAGGGUAGCGGAUGCUAGAAAGUGUCCAGCGAAAAGUAUCAGACAUACAGGAAAUACUGCAUGUUAGUUUCACGUUUCGACGGUUCUUUAAGCGGGCAUAUCGAUGUCACAGAAAAUACGCUAUCGGACAAAUGAAAACGAAAGCGUAGAGAACGAACGUUCAUCAAAUUAGGAUAAAAGCAAAUAAAACUAAACAAAUUAUUCGGGAUGAGUUCCAUAAAGUUGUGGUGCAAAUUGAUAAGUAUUACCAAGUAAAU